AGUGAGCUAAAGAAAUCAAGAUGGGGACUCGUUUGAAGGAAGUAUAUCGCUAAAAUGGCAGGAAAGCGUUCGUAUUCACAGCUGCUACAGUUCAACUAACAAGGUCCUGAUGUUGUUAACAGCUGAAUGUCUGUAUAUUCAGGUCCUAAGCGCGUUUAAAGCACUGCACAGAACAAGAAUAGCUGUAUUCAAAGAAGAUGACAGAGCACUGAAAGCUGCAAGAUUAAAGAUCAACGAGGAGUUCCGGAAAAACAAAAAUGAAACGUCAGACGAAAACAUUAAGAAGAUGAUCAAAAUGGGCUCAGAUGUGGAAGCUGUUCUUCGAGAGGGCGUGCUACAAAUGGAACAUGUUGGAGAUAAGAAACUCUUGCUUCGACCCAGAGAGAGCCUUCUUCUCGAAAAUGUGCCCUAUUGUGACCAGCCCAGGAAAAAGUCAUGACAGACCAUCUGAUUAUGUCUUUUUCAUCAAAAAAGAGACUUACUAUCAUCCAGAAUCUCCUGUCUGCAUUUUAAAGGAUUUAACCCAAAACAAAGUUUCAACUUGUUCAGGCUCUUUUGAACAAAGACCAUUUCAAAGAUCAUCGCUGCAUGGAGAUAUGCCUUGUUUUUGACUCACUGAACAUCUUUGCUGUUCUGCUUUCAGGAAUCUGGGCUGUAAACUGGAUGCUCUAAUUUCAUGUACAGUAUUUUGUCAAAUGUAAUUUAAGUUAGUUUUCAUUUGAUUUGUGAUGCUCUCUGCCUACUUUUCAGUAGCUUAUAAUUUAGCGGAACAUUUUUGUUACUGUGUUGCUACUGAAAAUGUUUGUGUUCUGAUUAAAGAGGAGUAUUCACA